GGGUGCACGGCUUGAAAGGGAUGGUAGCUGACAACACGGAUUGGUUUGUCAUUGACCAACCAAAUUACUAAUUCUGCAAAAUACAGAAAUUGAAACGGUAGAGAAUUCUGAAGAGGGUCAUGGAGCAAUACACUACCGCCAACAGCGGGGAGCAGAUUGUAGUCCAGGCGACCAAUGGACAGAUUCAGCAGCAGGCGCAGGGCACAGUGACUGCUGUGCAGCUGCAGGCCGAGGCUCCCGUUGCCACGGCGGCGGGCCAGCAAGUGCAGACACUCCAGGUAGUACAAGCGCAGCCCCUGAUGGUGCAGGUGAGUGGAGGCCAGCUCAUCACGUCCUCCGGCCAGCCCAUCAUGGUACAGGCCAUGGGGGGCCAGGGACAGACCAUCAUGCAGGUGCCCGUGUCGGGAGCACAGAGCCUACAGCAGAUCCAGCUGGUGCAGCCGGGUCAGAUCCAGCUGCAGGGCGGCCAGACGCUACAGCUGCAGGGCCAGCAGGGCCAGGCACAGCAGAUUAUCAUCCAGCAGCCACAGGCAGCCAUCACCGCAGGGCAGAACCAGGGCCAACAGAUCACAGUGCAGGGGCAGCAGGUGGCACAGACGGCCGAGGGCCAGACCAUCGUCUACCAGCCGGUUAACGCAGACGGAACAGUCCUGCAACAAGGGAUGAUCACCAUCCCGGCAGGCUCCCUGGCCGGUACCCAGAUCGUGCAGGCAGGGGGCGCCAACACAUCGACUACCAACAGUGGCCAGGGCACUGUCACGGUCACCCUGCCUGUCUCCGGCAACAUGGUUAAUGCUGGCGGGGGAAUGGUCAUGGUAAGACCUUCCAAUGAGAUGGUACCAGGGGGUGGCGCUGUGCCCGCGAUCCAGAGGAUCCCUCUGCCGGGGGCGGAGAUGCUGGAAGAGGAGCCUCUCUACGUCAAUGCCAAGCAGUACCACCGCAUCCUGAAGAGGAGGCAGGCGCGAGCCAAGCUGGAGGCCGAGGGCAAGAUCCCCAAGGAGCGCAGGAAAUACCUGCAUGAGUCUCGCCACCGUCACGCCAUGCAGCGCAAGCGAGGCGACGGCGGCCGUUUCUUCUCGCCGAAGGAGAAGGAGGAGAUGGCCCUGGCUGCCGCCAUGCAGGUGAGGCUCCAGCAGCAGCAGCAGGCGGGAGGAGGCGCAGGAGGAGGAGUCAAGCAGGAGCAGGACAUACAGCGGGCAGUGGAGUUCUGCUCGCAGUGGCUGCCUCAGGGCACCCCUCCCCUGGCAUAGGCCAGAGUGUGCACACACACACACACACACACACACACACACACACACACACACACACACACACACACACACACCGUGCCCCCCAAACAAACACCAGAGACCAAAAUGCCCACCCCUAACCCCUUCAUGUCCCCUUCACCCCAUGCAGAGGGCUCCCCUCCCCUGGCAUAGGCCACACACACACACACACACACACACACACACACUCACACACACACACACACACACACACACACACACACACACACACACACACACACACACACACACACACACACACACACACACACACACACACACAAGCCGUGCUCCUUUCCUUGGCUAAAAGGCCAGAGGCCAAAGGCCUCCCCUAACCCCUUCAUACUCCACACUCACUCCUCUGGCAUAGACUCACUAACACUUCCACGCACCCUUCUCCCAGAGCCCAAAGACCUCCUUCAGAAAUGCCCUCAUCACCUCCAAUGUCCGCUGUCCUGUCUCCCUCUCCCCAGCUCCCCCAUUCACAGAGCAGGGGAGUUCUGCCCGCCCCAGGGCAGCCCUCCCCUGGCAUAAGCUAGUUUACACACACACACACACACACACACACACACAC